AACAGCCAGAGGCUGGAGUUCACAGCUGCAGGCAGUCACAACACGGCGCAUCCCGGACAGGCUGUCUGCAGCCAGCCAGCUGUUCUGGCGCUGCGGGACUCGGCUCUCCCCUCCGAGCUCUGGGGGCUCUAUGCUGGUGGAGUUUGGCUUGAGGUUCAUAGCCAAGAUACCCUUUUGUGGGUCUUAAAUGAGCAACUGCAGGGGCCUGGCUUUGGAUGCCCCUGGACCAGUCGCUCCUUCCCUCCAGUUCGGUCCCAGAGGACUGGAGAAAGGUUUGACAUUUGCCAUCUUUAGGAAGGGGGCCAAUGAAGUGCCAGGGCACUACAGGCCAGUCAGCCCAACUUCGAUCCCUGGAAAGCGACUGGAACAAAUUACUAAACAAUGCAUUUGUAAGCACCUGGUGAAUAAUGAGGACUAGCCAGCAUGGAUUUGCCAAACGAGCUGAAUUUCCUUGGCAGGGUCACUGGCCUAGUGGAUGGGGGAAGAAGCAGCUGGGUUAUCUCUCCCUUUUCGCCAGGCUUUGGUGGCUCCAAGGGGAGGAGUGGAAGCUCUUUUGCUGGGGCAUUGGUGUUAAUGGGGGCUUGGAUGAAAUGGUGGAGAGCACACGGAGCGAUCCUGCUCUGGCCCUGCCCCGUGGGGAAGGAUCAGGCUGAGCCCAGGGGUCCCUGCUGGCCCCAAUUCCUACCUGUCAACCCCCCACCUCACUGCUAACCAUGGCUGCCUGAGGCUGUUACAGCCCUAAGUCCGUGUCCUGGGCCGGGGUGAGGCCAUUUGUCUCCUCCUGCAAACGGCCUGCCCCUGCCCUGCCACACCCCGCCCCUGCUUGGGGCCUCAGCCAUGGCCUCUCUGCUGAAAUCUUAUCUCCAGCUUGCUGAGAGUGAAGGCAAAAGGGAAGCUCUGCUGGGGGUGGAGGAGGGAUGGGGGAGAGCCCAGCCUUGAGAUAAGAAAGUAGACAAAACAGCAGAGCCCACAGCCCCUGGGCUGUCUGCAGGAAGCAGGCGUUGCAGCUGCAUUGGAUGCUCAGUCUCCGAGCCAGAGCCAGCGAUGGAGAAAACCGUGGUGCUCAUUACAGGCUGCUCCUCGGGGAUCGGCCUGGGGCUGGCCGUGCGCCUGGCCUCAGACGCCUCCCGCAGGUUUAAAGUCUACGCCACCAUGCGCAACCUGGCCAAGAAGGAGCGGCUGCUGGAGUGCGUGCGGGGCUGCCACGCCAGCACCCUGGAGAUCCUGCAGCUGGACGUCACCGACCCGCUCUCGCUCGCCACAGCCGUGCAGCAGGUGCAGGAGCAGCGUGUCGAUGUGCUGGUGUGCAAUGCAGGGGUGGGGCUGAUGGGGCCCCUGGAGACCUGCUCCUACCAGGCCAUGAAGACCAUCUUCGAUGUGAACGUUUUUGGGACCAUUGGCACCAUCCAGGCCUUUCUGCCCGGCAUGAAGCAUCGCAAGGCCGGCAAGAUCAUCAUUUCCAGCAGUGUGGGGGCGCUGCAAGGGAUCCCCUUCAACGCUGUGUACUGUGCCAGCAAGUUUGCCGUGGAAGGUCUGUGUGAGAGCCUGGCUGUGAUCCUGCAGCAGUUCAAUGUGCACAUCACGCUGAUCGAGUGUGGCCCAGUCAAUACGAGCUUCCUGGCCAACCUGCAGAGCACGGACACCGAGGGCAGCGCGCUGCAAGGCCUGGACCCGCAGACCCGUGCCCUGUACAGCCAGUACCUCCAGCACUGCCAGAGCCUCUUCCGCGACGUGGCCCAAGACACCGAGGAGGUCCUGCAGGUGUUCCUGGAAGCCAUCUGUGCCCCCUGCCCCCCUCUGCGCUCUUUCACCACCCAGUUCUUCAUGCCGCUCACCCGGCUCAAGCUGACAAGCCCUGACGGCUCAGAGUACGUCCGCGCCAUGCACAAGUUCAUGUUCUCUGCCGGCGAGGCCCAGGGCGACCGGGUGUGAGGGGGAGCAGCACGGCCGUCCCAGAGUGAGGAGGGGUUCGCAGUGAAGCAGCCCUCGCGUUGCCCUGAGUUUGUACAGGUGGGCUGUGCUCCCCACCCAGUGGGGACAUGACCCUGCCAGGGGGCCCUAAUAAACUUGUCUGCUCCC